AUGGCAGACAUUGAGCAAAUCGGCCAAAACACGCUGAUUUCUCAGGCCAAAGAGGUUUUUGAAAGUGUCACGAAUGCCUCAAAUUCCAGUUUAAAAAAUCCGGCCAAAAUCAAAACAGAACUCGCGCAUCUAAAACAGUUCUUAUCAAAGCUCAAGUUCCAGUACCUAGAACAAGAAACCAGAGAUAAGUUCCUACGGCUGUUGCUUAUAGAUGAAAAGAAUAUCACGAAGGAAGAUGUCGAUCUGAUUUUGUCCGAGAACCAACAAUUCAAAGCCACCCUCAAGCUGCUUAAACGAGAAAUUGAAGCUCUGACGGAACAAGCUGAAAAUUUGGCAGAAGAGGUAGUCACUUUAAAUGAUCAACUUCAAAAGCAUAAAGCUGAGGUCAAGGAGAGUCUAUCGGAGGCUGCGCAGCUUCAGGAGGAGCUAGAUCAGCUUAUGAACGAAGGAGAGAACGAGAACUACAAAACGCUAUUCAACUUCAAGAAGCUCAUAGACUCAGACGACAUUGGACUCAGCGAGGCUAUUAGUAUUGCAAACAGUGCCGUUGAGAGCGAUGAAACUACACUCAAAGAGCUUGAUGAGCAGCUCAAGGAAGCUCAGAAACAGAGCGAACAGAAGAGACUGGAGUUAGAGCAGUUGGAGAAGAAGACACAGGAACUCGAGAGCCAGGUUGGCGAGGAUCACACGCCGGUGGAGCGGAAUGAGCAGCAGGAGUACGCUCAACAGUUGAAUGAUAUCAAAGCGGCACUUGCCAGGUUUGUGUCUUCCAGUUGA